AUGCCGUCUUGUCAAGCAUUCAAUUGUACUAAUGAAAAAGGGAAGUGUACAAACAAUUUUUUCGUUAUGCCUGAUCCUUCAAAAAGUGCAGAUAAAAAGAAACUUUGUAAACAAUGGAUCUCGAACUUGAAAAAUGGUAAACUGCAAAUAGAAAAUUUUAAAUUUAGCAGUAGCAAGGUUGUUUGUGAAGACCAUUUCACGCCCGAUUCAUUCGAGAGAAACCUGGUCAAAGAAUCUUUGGACUUCUUACCAAAAAGAAAAUAUUUGCGUCAAAAUGCAGUGCCGACAAUUGUCAACACCGGAAUGGACACCAGAAAAACACAGGAACGAUCGACCAAAUCUACACAAAAACGUCGAAGUGCACAGGUCAAAGAAGAGAUUAAGCUGUUUAAAAAGAAAAGAAAAGCGGCAACAUGUUCUACACCAUCAGUCAGUUCAGAGACUUUGACCUUACAGAAUCAGGUAUGCAAAACUAGUACAAAUAGAGAAAAUAGGGGACACGAGGGGGAUAGGUUGGUCGGUGAAAUACAACAUAUAUCCAAUAAACAUCGUGUAUUUAUUUUAUUUCAUUAUUUUUUUUCAGGUCGAGAAAGAGACUAUACUGUCUAUUGAAAACCCAAAAGCGGCAACAUGUUCUACACCUCCAGUCAUAUCAGAGACUUUACCUUUACAGGAUCAGGUAUGCAAAAGUACAUUGUUUUGUACAAAGAUUUGAUUUCCUCGACCUUCAUCCCCGACGGCCUCUAUUUAUUACCCUCCUGAACAUGCAUGAAAUAUUUGCCACUGGGUG